CUGAACCUGCUUAGAUAUCAAUCGGGUGGGUCAGGAUAAUCUCUCUCACAUACGCAAACGAAAAAACGCUUGGCUAUCGCGUCGGAACCACUGACACCCAGGUCCGCCGCUUCUUCUUAUACUCUCCCUCUCAAUUCCAUUUCACCUGGAAUUGCUGUGCCGUUGUUUGCGUUCAAUCGUGAUGGCGGGAACACUUCAAACUCUAAGCCUCAAAUCGCCGGCCAUCACAUCUCCGCCUGGCCAUCGUCGGCGCGUGCAAUCCCCGAUUACUUCCUUCUCACCCUCUGGCAGCCGGAAUUUAAGUGGAGGUGGCAAUUCGUGUGAUGUUCACUUUAUCCACCUCCCCAUUUCAAGCAAAUCUAUCAGAGCAAGUAGUAGUAGUCUCUCCCAUCAGGGAGAUGGAAGUAAAGAGCAACUUCCACAAGUGAAAGCUGGCAAUUGGACAAAAUCAUUGUUGAAAUUCGCGUCCAAUAAUUUUCUUCCAUUAGCUCUUAUCGGUGGAGUAGCAUUAGGACUUGCAAAUCCUACACCUGGUUGUAUUGCUGAUAGACUAUAUCUAUCAAGGUUUAGCAGUUUUGGGAUAUUUGUAAUUUCAGGAUUGACACUGCGUUCUGAUGAAAUUGGUGCCGCUGCUGAAGCUUGGCAAGUUGGACUAUUUGGGCUUGCUUCAAUUUUGUUUUUCACUCCAUUUUUUUCAAAGGUUAUAUUACUACUUAAGCUCCAACCACAGGAAUUUGUUACAGGACUGGCCAUAUUUUGCUGUAUGCCAACAACAUUAUCAAGUGGAAUAGCACUGACUCGGCUGGCUGGUGGGAAUUCUGCCCUUGCUCUUGCAAUGACAGUUAUAUCAAAUCUUUUAGGAAUUUUAAUUAUUCCGUUUUCCAUCUCAAAAUUCAUAGCUUCUGGAGUCGGUGUAUCUGUUCCGACUGAGCAGUUGUUCAGAAGCCUGAUUCUCACACUUCUUGUUCCUCUCAUUUUAGGAAAGGCCCUUCGAGAGUCAUGUAAAGGUGUGGCAAAUUUUGCUGAUCAAAAUCGUAAACUUUUGUCUGUGAUGAGUGCAGUUUUUCUCAGUCUAGUCCCUUGGAUACAAGUUAGCAGAUCAAGAUCACUGCUUUUAAUGGUCAAACCAGCAGUAUUUUUUCUAGCUGUUUGGAUGGGAGUGCUUCUGCAUGCUCUCCUGCUAGUGUUUAAUGGUCUUGCUAUCCAUAUCCUCUCAACAAUUUGUGGUGGCAGCAAGUCAGCUUUUGCAAAGAAAGAAAAUACCUCUGCUCUUCUACUCGUUGCAAGCCAGAAAACCUUGCCUGUGAUGGUAGCCGUUAUAGAGCAGCUCGGUGGUGCUUUUGGCGAAUCCGGUUUGCUGGUUCUGCCCUGUGUUGCAGCCCAUCUGAACCAGAUUGUUGUCGACUCCUUUUUAGUGAGCUUCUGGCUCCAAAAAGAGCACGCGUUUGACUCUGCCAAGGCUGCCUGAGAACCCAAUAAAGAAAAGGCAUCAAGGGUGUAAUCGAAGCUGCAGACAUGCAAAAGGGCAUCACAUUAAUUGUCACAGAUGCGUACGAAGGACCCAGAUUUUGUGUUUAGCAAGAAAAACUCCCAUUCUUCUCCGGCCACAGCAUUGUGGUCUAAUCUGAUUUAUUGGCACCUCUUCUUGGGAUGGCCUUUAACUUGUCAAUGCAGAAGUUACAGUCUGAUGUAACUAUGAAUCGAUCUUUGUAGUUAUUAAUUAAUUUAUUUUUUUUCAUUGUACUACUAGUUCAGAAGUUAUCCAACUAAUAAAGAGGAGGCACUUGUAUCGAUUAUUCUUAAGGGGAAAAAAA